CGAUUAGAUUGCAUCAAAUCUGCCAAGCACGCCAGCUGACUGUCUUAUGUCUACAUCAACAAGCCGAGACCGCGACGACAACGACGACGAACAGUUUCGUUCACUAAAGCGAGCCAAAGUAGAGGCAUCCUCCGCUGACGUCGACGAAAGGAACGAGGGCACCACCGUUACUGGUGCAGAUUGCACCGAUCCUAGUUGCAUCCUGCCAUCUAGCCAUGUCCUUCUGCGCAACCGGUUGUCAAUCCCCUCUUCCUGCACAACUCGUCAACUGUUGGAAAGUGAUGUCGGUAUAACAGAGUACGUCAGUCGGGAUGUUCCUCCAAUUUGUGGGAUCAUCAAGCAAAGGUUUACCGACUUUUUGGUAUUCGAGGUGGACCAGGACCAUCAGGUGGUACACCUCAAGACCCUCGAUAAGCCGGCGUCCUCAAAAAAAGACCCAAACCUCCCAUCUCAGGAUACCCCUGCCGAGGUGUCUAUGGAAGCUGAAGUUUUACCCUUAACGGCAUUAGAGAAAGAUGGUAGUGAGGAUGUGAAGGCAGCAGGGCCCUCCCAAAUCACCCAUGCAGGCAGCUCAGUCAGUCAAGUAUCUAUGCUAUCAAAUCAAGAGGCCUGGGGUGAUGCAGUCGUAUCAUCGCUAUCACCUUAUUUCUCCGACGAAUCAAUUGCCCAGCUUCGGAAAAUGUUCCUCGAAAGUCCCGAACCUCCGCGAGUGAAUGAUAAUAAUGACUUCCCACAACCCGACAACGGGGGGUCUUCCGAACAGCCCUCCCAAGGAAAACAAGGCCGGGACCGUCAUACGCGCCCGCAAGGGAGCAAGAAACAGAGAGGCCGCGGUGACCUUUCCCAAAGCGAGAAAGUGUUCAGCAAUCCCAUUAGUUCAAAGACCGAUAGGACAGCUGUACACGUGAAAAUUCGGGAGCUGUUUAAAGGAAGUUUUGAGACAGAAACGGAAGCUCCUAGUGAUCAGGGGUCCAGAAUAAUCGUUAUGUGGUCGAGACAAGGACGGGGGCGUGGAAGUGGAGGAGGGCAAACGCCAGGAGCGCGACCUCCUCGGGGCGAAUUUCCUCCGUAUAUUCAUUUCACGAUGCAAAAAACCAAUCGGGACACUCAAGAUGCACUAGCCUAUCUCUCGCGCACCUUGCAUGUGAACGUGAAAGAUUUCGGAGUGGCUGGAACAAAGGACAAGCGCGGUGUUACGGUUCAACGAGUCUCGCUGCGGCGCGGCAACAAAACGGUGGAGGACAUCUGGAAAACCAGCAACCAGAUUGGUCGUAGAUCCGUUCGCGAUGCCCUUUCUCAGCGUGGCGAUCACGGAAUCCGCAUCACUGACAUGUGCUACCGCAAGGCCGGGCUUGAACUGGGCAUGCUGAAGGGCAACGAGUUUAUAAUCACUCUCCGGAAUCUGCAGGCCGAUGCGCCGGAUACUGUGGAACGAGUGAUGGACAGUCUAAAAUACAAAGGCUUCAUAAAUUAUUAUGGCAUGCAACGCUUUGGAACUGCGGCAGUCCCUACACAUACCAUAGGAUUGGCCUUGUUGAAGUCGGAUUGGCACAAAGCGGUGUCCUUGAUCCUCCAAGUGCGACCCGGUGAACACCCCGAUGUCGUCCAAGCGCGUCAAGCCUGGCUUGUUGACCGUGACUUAGACCGUGCUCUUGCUCUUAUGCCACGACGCGUCGUAGCAGAGAGAUGCAUUUUGGAAAGUUACAAGAAACAGGGAGGGGAAACCAGAAAUGCAUUGGGUGCACUUUCAACAAUUCCCCGCAAUCUUAGGCUCAUGUACAUCCACGCUUACCAGUCAUACGUAUGGAACGCUGUAGUAUCGGAGCGCAUCCGUAUCUGUGGCUGUGAAAGGGCAGUUCCCGGAGACCUUGUAUUUGAGGAGGCAUCAGCUCGAAAAAGCAGUGACAGCGAUGAAGAGAUGAAUGAUAGUAUGAUGCCAGAUGAAACUACUGACCAACAAGACGGCCAGAGUUCCCGGUCCAAGAAAAAGCAGCCAUGGGUGCCACCGAAGAUCAUCACGCUCACAACUGAGAAUGCUCACAAGUACUCUAUCUUCGAUGUGGUAAUGCCGCUUCCAGGCAGGGAUGUCGCUUAUCCCGGUGGUUCACUUGGUGAGCGCUAUCGGGAAUUCCUGAAGAAAGAUGGGUUGGACCCAGACAACUUCCUUCGGAAACAAAAAGAGUACACCCUCAACGGGUCUUAUCGAAAGAUUUUCCAGCUCCCAAAAAAUUUGUCGUGGUCUACAAUCAGAUACACAGACCCUGACGUCUCACUCGCACAGGCUGAUGAGGACAACCUCCUUGGAUUUGAUCCUCCGAGAGUAGUGGAGGAUGGAAAAUUCCUUGCUCUGCAACUUAACUUGACGUUGGGCACAGCAGCAUACGCCACGAUGGCUUUGCGGGAGCUCACGAAGACAGAGACGAGUUCACAUUUUCAGACUGGGCUUACUCAAGCUUCUGAAGACCAGCUAUUCCGUGGUACUGUUGCCACGGCACAGGACGUGUCGUCGUAUGAACUGGACUAGUUGCAAUGUAUGAAGGUCCUGCGUGUGUAUUUACCCAUACAACAUUAGCGGUUUACAUAUAGAGGGUUCAAGCUGCAGUUCAGCCUGCGGUAACGGAGC